UUUCGAUUGUUGUAAAGUUAACCCAAAUAUCAUUCUAAAAAAUUGAAAACAUACCAAGCAAAAACAUUCAUAAUAUUUUUUAAUAGUAAAUGAUGUAGAUGAAUUCAGAGACAAGUAAUACCAUACAAACGGGAAUACACGAUACCGCUGCGAAUGAAGAACUUUUUACGACAUUCAGAAAACGUUUGAAUUUGACGACAGUGGGGCGGCAAGUAUAAACUUGUACAUGUUAUUUUUUUCUAAGUCUAGUAAACGUAAACAUAAAAAGUUUGAGGAAAUAGCUACCUUUAUUGUAAUUAAGUUAUUAAUACUCAAAGUAGUGUUUGCAUUUCAUGAUAAUAUUGGAAGUAGCCUUCACGCAAGACAAUGCUGUAUCUUAAAAGAUGUUUACAUGUUUCCCCGAAUUUACUCUGUUACAGACUUGUCUGUUGAUAUAGGACGACGCCGGACGUGAAAUGCGGACUUUAAUAGUACUUUUCACAUGGAUGAUAAAUGAUGCUGCAUGAGAAAGCAGUGUAGAAUUUCCACAACAUAAGAAACCAGAAACGGCAUUCAUUACAGCUAUGAAUAAUAUUGACUUUGACACCACAGAACUCUGUUUGAUAGACUCGGGCAUUAAAUCCCUGCUAAAGGUUCCGCUAAAGCAACAGCUUCAGGUCUUAAAUGUACACAGUAACUUUAUACACAGAAUUGAAAACCUUUCGCAUUUAAAGAAUCUCAAACAUCUGGACUUAUCAGCGAAUCAGAUCAGUAAAAUUGAAGGAAUUGAGAAUCUUUCCAAUGUGAGGACCAUCAAUUUGUCGUGCAAUCAUUUAAGUGAUGUACAGGGUCUUGCUGGACUGAGGUCUCUGGUGAAGAUCAACCUGAGCUACAAUCACAUCACUGACAUCUCGGGUUUUAAAUCGCUACAUGGUUCUAGUCAUAAAUUGUCACAUAUAGAACUCCAUGGAAACCAGCUGUCUUCGCUGCAACAUGUUAUCAAGUCUCUGAUUGGCUGCUGCAAUUUACGACAGUUAACAUUGAAUUUGGAUGGCUCUACGAACCCCAUGUGUUCAGAUACAGUCCAAUACCGAUCCAAACUGUUAACAGCCCUCACCCAGCUAGAAGCCCUGGAUGGGGUCGAUCGUUGUGGAGAGGCUAUUCGUGGGUAUGAAGUCUUGGCAGACAUCCCAGGUCUGGAGGACUACAUGGAUUUUCUUGUUUCUCAGUCUUCAUCAUCCGUAUCUGAGAGCAAGUCAGUGGAUGUUGUAACUCCAAAAAUUGAUGAAGCGUUGGAAAAGUUCCAUCAGAGGAAAUCCGGAAAUUUGUCCUCCACAGAAAUGAGUGUGCUGCAGUCAGAUGCAGACACGAGCACGGGAAUCCCUGCCCCCAGUGGUCAGUCUGUGACUGACCAGGAAGCCAGACUGGAGUUCCUGGAACAGCAACUCGCCGAGCUCAUCCAGGGAUCAAAGGUGACUUCCAGAGAUGGCACCAAAACAACCCCAAGAAAGCAUGUGGCAAAACGAGAUGUUGAUACGACAGAUGAAAGUGACCAUGACUCCCUCCGUCGGAGAAGUAGAUCUCCAGGAAAUCGCAAGACAAGGAAGUCUCGAAUUCCAAGUUAUCGUAAAAGCACAGUUGCUUCACGGUGUCGGAAGGAAGCUGUCAGCCCCGGCGGAGCAGAGAGCAGUCAAAGCCCUGCAGCCAACAGUGAAGAUACUACACAGAGUUCAAUGAAGCAUGACAAUGGAAAAAGUCCUUCAGCUGUGAUGGUCACUGAAACCAAGAUGAGAGAUGAUAUCAAGUCUACCUAUGUGCAAUUUAUGAAAGAAUUGGAAUCAGAGAGAGAAAGAAGAUGGAAAGCAGAGCAAGCGAGCAAGAAAUUACUGAACCACAUACAGACUUUACAGGGAAAAGCUAAGGAAGGCAGUGAAUUGAAGGACACUGCUAUAGAGGCUACGACUCGACUUAAGCAGGCUCUGAUGAAUGAGAAAGAGGCUAGGCUCCGACUCCAGAAUGAUGGCGAGAAACUCAAGGAACACAUCCGUGAAUUAAACCGUCAGUUAAAGGUUGCUAAAGAAACGGAAGAAAGUCUGAAGGGGAGUCUGAGGGCGCUGGAGGAGGUCACUGCCAAAAUGGAGAGGGACUCACUGAAGCAACAGACGCACGAGCAAAAGAAAUCGCAGGAUGCCCAGAUGAGGGCGGCUGCUCUGUCGCGGGAGCUGGAGUUGACGAAAGCCAUCAGUGACAAACAGAAAGGCCAGAUCUCACAGCUACAGGAAUUACUGGCCAACCGGGAGCACCAGCACAGGGAGGAACUGAACAAGAGAUACAGUUUGGACAGCAAGGAGCUGCAGGAAGUAAUAUCCGAGCAGGUGAAAAAGGCCGAGAAAAAUUACAACAUGGAGGUCAAAUCUCAGAAUGAAAAGGUAGACCUCCUGAGCAAGCAGUACUCAGAUUUAGAGGAUGAGUUUAGAAUGGCCUUGCAGAUAGAAGCCAACAGAUUUAAAGAGCUCGAGCAUGCCUUCCAAACAGUUAGUGACGAGAAUGCAGGAAACAAACAGGCUUUGUUAGCAGCUCAGCGGAAAGAUGAGACAUCUGCAAGCAUGAUCAGUGAGCUCACACAGUUGGUAAAAGAACAGAAAGGCAGAAUAACAGAGUUAUCCAAGGCCAAGCAGGAGCAGGGGCUGGAGAGCCGGGACAGAAUUCAGGUGCUGGAGGCCCAUGUUGAAGAGGCCCGCAAAAGGAUGCUACAAAUGGAACUACUGAAACAGGACAAAACCAAAUUAUUAGCCCAGGUUGAAGCUCAAGAAUCUGUCAUUUGUGGUCUGAAGGCUGAGAGGAAAUUAUGGGGCCAGGAACUAGCACAACAAGGUUCCUCUCUGGCCCAGGACAGAGGCAGACUCGAGUCCAAAAUAGAGGCCCAGAGUUCUGAGAUCAUAACACUGAAGAAAAACCUGGAGCGAGAAACUGAUGCCCUAAAGAUUAAAACGAAAAUGUUGGAGGACCAGACGGAAACUAUAAGGAAAUUGAAAGAGGCCUUGAUCGAGAGAGAUGAGGAAAUCAAGAGAACUCGGGAGGAUUCCCUGCGAACCCAGAGGAACCUGGAGGAACAGCUAUCUGAGGAAAGGGCCGCCAUACAGGAUAGUCAGGAAACUUUGGAGAGGUUGAGGGAACGAAAACAGGAGCUGAAACAAGAAACCCUGGACCUGAAAACAGAAUUAGAGGAUUCAAAAAAAGCCCACAGUAUUCUGAACAACAAGUGGAAAGAGAAGUCACAGCUGAUUGGUCAGUUAGAGAAACAGGUGACGGAAAUGAGGGAAAACUGGGAAAGCAAGGAAAGAAAACUGACAGAGGAAAGGGACAAGGCCAUACAGGCUGCCAACAUUGCCAUAGGAAAGUUGAAGACGGUCGACGAUGCCUUCAGACACCAGUUGGAGAGUAAAGAAAUGAAGCACAGAGAGGACAUGGCUCAACUGGAAGAUGAGAAACAGAUGGAGCUAGAACAAGCCAAUCAGAGGAUUGCAGCUGUAGAAGAUGAGAUGCGUGAACUUUUGCAGGAAACUCAGAGCAAUAAGAAAACAAUGGAGGACAAGGUGAAACGACUGACUCGAGCCAUGACGGAACUCCAAUCUGAUCUCAUCUGAACGGCAGGUCAACCAUCACAAACCAACACAGCGUGACCAUCCAGCUGAACUGGUCAGCUGCAGUUACAGACGGAACAUGUACAAAUCGAAUUGACCGGUCAGAGAUGCCCAAGCUCCCACAAGAUGCUUGUAUCUGUUGAUAUGCAUAUAUUUGCAAGAUAUCAAGAGAAAAAAUCUUGAAUCUUUGGGAAUAUUUCACAAUAUUUAGAAAUGUAGGAAAUAUUUUGAGUGGAUUUGUGGAUGUGGGGUAUUCUUGUGAUGGACUGUAAGGAUGGAGAAGUUCAUGACUAUACAGGGAGAUGUAAUCCUGAAGAGAGUCUUUGGGAUGAUACAGAAGUUUUGUGAAUGGGAUACGUUUUUAUUACUGUGUGAAUGUUUUUAUAUGUAUUUUUUUUUAUCUAUUUAUCCAAAUAGUUACCACUUGACUUCAGAAUAUAUUUUCCAUGCUGGACAUCUGGGGUUGUUUGUGCUAGGACUUUUAAAAUCAUUCCAUGGAUCGCAUAGUAAUGAAAUGCCCACUUUAUCUAAGAAUCUUCAUUCUAAAAAUAAGUACUUGAUAACAUAUUAGGUCAUGUAUUUAUCAAACCGUAAUUAAAGAGCAGCUCGCAGCAUGAUACAGCUAGUUAUAGAAUGUCAUACGAGAGAAACUUGAAUAAAAAAAAGAACUAAACGAA